UUAUCCAAAUCAAUUAGAACGUGCAUAUAUAAGGGCUGGUACGGCAUUCGAUGGAUCAAUCAAAGCUGCCCUUCAGGCUUUUCUGCCCAUGGAUCUCGACCGAAUUCGUCCAGUGCGGAUCCUGCUCCGCAUACUCCGUUGGACCCGGGUCUGGCCCGCCUCUGGAGGACCGGCACCGCAGCGUGGUUGGACCAACUGGAAGGGCUAUCUUCUGCAUAGCAGCUUAACCUUAAUCUUCGUGGUUCUGCUGUGGGUGGAGGCUAUAUUGAGCCCCGAUGUGGAGCACACGGUGGAUGUCCUGUUCUUCGCUCUUACCAUGACGUCCAUGUGCGUGAAGGUCCUGAACAGCUGGCGCUACGCUCACGUGGCGCAGCGCCUACUCACCGAGUGGAGCAGCGCGGACCGCUUCCGACUGAAGACGUUGCAGGAGGUGGACAUGUGGCGCAUAGGGCACCUGCGUUUCAACCGCGUUGUCGGCGUUUACAUGAUGUGCAGUGUGGGUGUCAUCCCCGUGCUCGUCACCCCGUGCCUGUUCGCUGUACCCAACAAGCUGCCGUUUUCGAUGUGGACACCCCUAGACCUGCAGCAGCCCCUGGGGUUUUGGACUGCCUUUUUGUAUCAGGCGGUGGCGAUUCCCUUUGCCUGUCUGUGCGACAUAACCCUAAAUCUGGUCAAUUGGUAUCUAAUGCUCCAUCUGUCGCUCUGCCUGCGCAUGCUGGGUCAGCGGCUGAGUGCCCUGCAUCGCAGUGGCCUCCAGCAGGAUGAGGAGCAGCUCUGCGCCGAGUUCUUGGAGCUGGUCAGCCUCCACCGUCGGAUCAAACAGCAGGCGCUCGACAUUGAGACCGUCAUUUCGAAGAGCACGUUUUUUCAGAUAUUGGUCAGUUCCCUGGUCAUCUGUUGCACCGUCUACAGCCUGAAGAUGACUCCAGUCAUUCAGGACAUGGGAAAGUUUGCGGGCCUCAUUCAAUACUGUCUCUCAAUGGUCCUGGAAAUCCUUUCGCCCAGCAUCUAUGGCAACGAGGUCACCCAGUCCGCCGACAAGUUGCCUGAAGCCCUCUACAGCUCCGACUGGCCAGACCUUUCGCCGCGUCUGCGACGCCUGAUCUUGAUGUUCAUGAUCUAUCUGAACAGGCCCCUGUCCCUGAGGGCCGGUGGCUUCUUUUACAUGGGGCUGCCGAUGUUCACUAAGGUCAUGAAUCAGGCCUAUAGUAUGCUGGCCUUGCUGUUCAAUAUGAACAAUUAGAGAGACGAGUUCCUCCCUGAACAAAUACUUGAUGUUUUCUGUUUCCUCGGUUUUGGAUUAGCCACGGGACUUCUCCGCUCGUUUGGAGAUUUGUUUCGUCAAUUCUUGUUGUGCAAAAAUCUAAAAAUAUA